GACAUACACAUGUAUACAUACACACAUACAUACAUAUAUAUGUGUGUGUGUAUGGUAACUUCAGGACUCCCAUUUAUAGGGGAAAAAAACAUCAAAGGACACACGAAUAGUAAAAGUCGGAUCUCCCCAUACCUAAACGAGACUUCACCAACAUAGAGCGAGAGGGAGAGAAAGAGGGGUCAGGGGGAGAGAGUGUGUGGGUGUGAUGUUGACAAAUUCAUGAUCUCUCUGCCGGUGAUACAAUUGUAAUGGCAUUCGACCAAGAAAGCAACUACACUCCUCUCAGACGUCGCGCAUGACCAGCCCGAGUGCAGAUCGAAGUUUCGGUUUGGAUCCAUUUCGUGAGCUCGGAGGCGCAUUCGGCUUGCUCUCGUCGAGAGAGCUGCUUUGCUAGCUUUUGAUGUCUUAUGCAUUUUGACCUCGACCGAUGAUCAGCUCAAUCCGGGAUCCGGGCACAAAAUCUGCAAUCAGGUCCUCCGCUGUAAAUAUUAUAAGAAGCAACGAUAAUGUCGGCUCCAAGCACAUAUCCGGACCGCGACGAAUCCUAGGAAACUCAUCAUUGCAGUAUCUAUCGAUCGUUUGCUAAUUACAAUUCCACAGUCAGACAGAGCAUGGAUGGGUCAAUUAUUCUCCAACAGAUUCCUUUUCCAUGCCGUUAUUUGGCCAUUCAAAUUGAGUGAGGACGGAAACAUUCAAGCGCGGGUGGAAGAAGAUGCCUAGAUUGGGACUGUAAGCCCCAAGGCCUGUUGUUGUGAUCAACAAGGCAACAUCCUUUUCCAUUUCAGCAGGAGACAGGAGGGAGAUCAGAAAUAGAUAUAUAGAGCUUGACAUGGCAUGCAAUAGUGUGGCCAUUCUCUCCUCGCCAGCCGCCGCGAGGAAGGCCGAUAUCGGGAGAGAACCCAAUGGCCUUAUUCGCAGGUCGCAGUCUGCAAACGACCUUCGGAGCGGAGCAGUUCUUCGAAGGUCUUACUCCGAUAAUCACAUCUCUUGCUCGAUGAACCGGACGCGAGCCCCCUCGACCUGGCCGAAACUAAAAUACAGCCGGUCUGCUGGAGCCCUCCCUUACCCGAUCUCCGCUUCCAUCAUACCAAACUCGCUGCGUUCUUUCCUCUACGACCCGGAGACAAGCAAGGAUAUGAGCUUAGGGGAGGGCGACGAUGUGGAUGUCGUCGCAGAGGAGAACUGCCAGGAGACGAUGGAUGAGCCGGAGAAGGAGAUAAAGAGAGCGAAUUGGGUGGAGAGGCUGCUAGAGGUCAGAAGUCAUUGGAGCAAACGGCAGCAGAUGAAGGGCGGGGAUGGAAAUGCUGCCUUCGUCCUAGAUGAAGCUGGUGAUCAAUGCGGUGGGGCUAACGAUGGUGAUGAUGAGGGUGGUUGCGGAGUUGUUUAUAGCUCGGAUGAAGAAGAUGGUGAAGCAGAAUACGACCGUGAAUCUUUCUCCAAGUUCUUGGAUAAAGUACCUUUACCGGAUACUAAACAAUUCUCGCAGCUUGCUUUCUUGUCCAAUAUCGCCUACGUGAUACCAACGAUUCGGGCUGAGGACUUGAGGAGAAUCUUCGGGCUCAGAUUCGUGACAUCCUCCAUCGAGAAGAAAGCCGAGGCAGCCGCGAUUAAGGCAAAGUUUGAUCAGGAUUCGACUCGUGUACCAGCUCCAGCUGAAACAGCAAAUGAUUCCGGCUCUGAGAAGGCUGAUCAGAAACGCCGGAUCCAUCCCUCUGUUGCUUACGAUAUUGCUGCUUCUGCCGCGUCUUAUGUCCAAUCCCGAGCUAAGAACUUUUUAUCCCUCGGACACGAGAAGCAACUGGAAGGCGAUGAAUCAGAUCCCUGCAGAGUUGGCGACCAAACGGACGAGGAGGGAAGGAAAUCGCCAUGCAUGUAUAAGUCCGAAGUAGCAGCUAAAAUGGCGGCAUCGACAAUGACUGCAAUGGUUGCAGCAGGAGAGAAGGAAAAGCAAGAGGCAGCUCAGGACUUGCAGUCGUUGCACUCGUCUCCCUGCGAGUGGUUCAUUUGCGACGACUUGAGCACAUACACUCGAUAUUUUGUUAUUCAGGGAUCAGAUUCAUUGGCUUCAUGGCAGGCUAACCUUCUUUUCGAGCCGACCAGAUUUGAGGAAACGGAAGGGAUAGUUCACAGAGGGAUUUAUGAGGCCGCGAAAGGAAUAUACGACCAAUUCCUGCCAGAAAUAAUCAGCCACAUGGAUAAAUACGGCGUGCGUGCAAAGUUUCAGUUUGCUGGGCAUUCUCUAGGAGGAAGCCUUGCCCUUCUAGUCAAUUUGAUGCUACUCACCAGAAAAGUCGUGACGCCGUAUAAUCUUCGACCUGUUGUCACUUUCGGGUCGCCCUUCAUACUCUGUGGAGGUGAAAAGAUCCUCAAUCAGUUAGGAGUGGAUGAAAACAUCAUUCACUGUGUAAUCAUGCACCGAGAUAUUGUCCCUCGAGCCUUCUCCUGCAGUUACCCCGGGCAAGUUGCAGUCCUCCUCAAGCGUCUAAACGGGUCCUUCAGAUCGCACCCUUGCCUAAAUAGAAAUAAACUGUUAUACUCUCCAAUGGGCAAGCUAUUUAUUCUCCAACCAGACGAGAAGACCUCACCGCCGCACCCACUACUUCCGUCCGGGAGUGCCCUCUAUGCUCUGGACAAGGAAAAAUGCGGCUUCUCUCCGAAGGCUGUGAGAGCCUUCAUCAACCGCCCCCAUCCCUUAGAUACCCUGAGCGACCCUUCGGCGUAUGGAUCCGAAGGUGCUAUCCUCCGGGACCAUGACUCAAGCAACUACCUAAAGGCCCUCAACGGAGUCCUGAGAGAGCAGAGGAAACUGAAGAUGGUCAUGAAUAGAGCAGGAAGGCAGAGUAAUCAAUUAUGGCCCCUGCUUGCUUCACCUUCCCCGCAUUCUUGGAGCCACGAGAAAAAUUUCGACAUCGUGCAGUUCAAGACUACAGAAGUAACGACAGGCGUUUAAGAUCCUAAACGGGAUUAUGUAUAAUGAUCAGUCCCAUGUAUAUGAUAAGCAUUUCAGCAAUCUGUAUCGACCGUUCGGAUUGUAUCAAGUACAGCGAAAGGAUAAUGCAAUCUUUCGUGUGAA